ACGCAGCGCCAGUGCUCUGUGGUCUCAACCGAGGACGUAGCACAGACACAGCUUCAUCUCCUGACUGCCGACGCUUACGCCUCAGUUGCUUGUUUACCAGAGAUUUUAUUCUUUUAACAACAAUUAUAAUGGAAGGAACCAUUUGCAACAUCCAGGUGCUUCUCCGGGCUGCUGAGUUUCUUGAGAGAAGAGAGCGAGAGGCAGAACAUGGAUAUGCUUCACUCCUUCCUCUCAGUCCAGAUGACUCUGACAAGAGGAGCAAACAGAAGAACAGAAAGAUAUCUGCUGCUGGUGGAGGCAAUAGGUCGGUUCACAACGAGCUGGAAAAAAACAGACGGGCUCAGCUGAGGCACCACCUAGAGGAGCUGAAGAAGCAAGUCCCUCUGUCAUCUGACUCGAUGAGGAACACCACACUCAACCUGCUGAGACGAGCCCAGCUGCACAUAAAGAAGCUGCAGGACCAGGAUGAGCGUGCGGAGCAGAUGAAGGGCCGUCUGCGCUGGCAGCAGAGAGAGCUGCGGGUGCGGCUGGAGCAGCUGCAGAGAGGCUCCGAGAGGAUGAGGAACGACAGUCAUGGGUCAACCAUGUCGUCCGAGAGGUCGGACUCUGACAGAGAGGACGUGGAGGUGGACGUGGAAGGCAUAGUGUUCGACUGUGUGGACUCUGACGGACUGAGCAUUACGCACACUGAUGCAGACCACUGUUACUCCAGCAUGGACAAAGCCUGGCUAUGACAGUAGUAACUUGUUUGACGUCAAGAAGAGGAGAAAAACAUUCCAAAAACAAGCCAACGGAGGAAAAUGGAGAAAAAUGUUACUGUACAACUGAACACUUUUUUAAAUGGAGUAACUUGUGACAUUCUCUUUUUAAAUUAUGUACACGCUAAACAAUAAUGGUGUGAAUGAGCUGUGUCCAUUUUGCACUGAAAAGCAGUUAAAAUCACUGGGCAGGGAUGGAUGUAACCUUGCGCAUAUAUUUUUUCUGGCAUUUCUUACCUUAGCCAAGCUGUGUCUAACUUAAUGAAUCCAAAAGUUGUACUCAUUCAUCUCUUAAGGGCGUAUUCCUUUGCCUGUAAGGGCUUUUUAAAAUCCAAAUGAGGGCUUUUUAAUCUCUUAACUUAUUCUUUACUACAGUAUGUCAUUACUGAAUUCUGCCUUAAAUCAGAUUUGAUGUAGUAUACCAUACAGCUUUCCUUUAGCACUAAGUUCAUUUUCUGUUAUGUCAUGUGUAGCCCGCACUUAAGCAUUAAUCUGUGCUAUGAUUUGUAUUAUCGUCUUCCAUUAUAUAAAUUCAGUCAUGUCUUUUUUCUGUUGCACAAAACGUACACAUUGCACAUGUUUUCAAAAGAUUAUGGGUAUGUUAAAAUGAAAACAGUCAUCUGAAAUAAACUGGUCAUAUUUGCAUUUAUAUCUGGCAACUGGGGCAAAUAUAAAUGUGUUGUAUUUGUAGACAAUCCAGUCUGUGAUCAAGUGCAAGAAUGUUGUUGCCUGUGUGAAGAUGCAUUGUGAGAGAGGUAUUACGACAGUUUGUUUUAUUCACUUCUAAGAUGAGCUGGAAAAGAUCGCGAUUGUGCAUUUUGUCGAUAUACGAUACAAAUUCGCCAGCCAGGCAGGUAACGUCAACUUGUAGUAAUUAUGCAAUUGCUGCUGUAUUACAAAUAUGUAUCAUAUUCUUUGCUAUAUAUUUAAUAACUGAAGGUGCUUUUUCACUUCACUUUUGUAUAUGCAAGAUGCCUUAUUACCUUUUUCAAUAGUAUGUAUGCAUUCAUCUAUCUCUCCGCCCAGUAAUAUAAUGUAGCAUUUUUAAUGAAUAAAUAUUUUUCUUAUUUA